AUGCCGCUCUGCACCCUCCAUCUCCUCGCCCUUCACAAGACCACUCCCAAUCCUCUCUCCACUUUCCUAUCAACCCUUCAGUCAAGCACAGCCAAACCUCUUGUAGUCUCUCGCGUGAUCCGCUGGAUCAUCCUUCCCACCAAGAUCUCAACCGAGCAUCUCCUAGCCCGAAACAUUGCAUGGGAUAUCCUCCUCAUCUUACCCAGCACCGACAGCCUCCCAGGUGAUGUGCAAAAGCUAGUGCGACACCAUUGGAGCGUCACAGCCGGCGUACCGUCCCGUCUGAUCAAAGACUUCUCCACAAACAACAAGAAGCUACUACAUCCGGAACCAGCAUCAGUACCGCCACUGAGCAGCCCCAACGAGAAGAAAGCCACGACGCAAUCUAGUCAAGAUCUGGAGCUCUCCGCCGAGCUGAACACCUGGAUCGACUCGUUCGUGUCCGGCCCAAGCAGCGAAGGACGCGGAGCAGUCUCCAUGUUCAACCUGCUCGCGUUCAACCCGGGCAUGAAAGAGGCCUACCUCAAGUACGGCGCGGCGUUUGCAGAGUCGAUAGGGUCACGGCAUGGCGGCAACGCCAAGAUUGUCGGCAACGUGACGGGGGUCAAUGGCAAGACGGAGAAGCUCGAGGGUGACUGGGAUGAGAUUGCGCUUGCGCACUAUCCUAGCAUUGAGCAUUUUAGGGAUAUGCUGACGAGUCGGGAUUAUCAGGAGGUCAAUCACAGACAUAGAGUGGGCAGUUUGAGGGAUACGUGUAUUUUGAUGACGAGCGAGAUUGGGGUGGAGGAGGUGAUGGGGAGGGGGGGUGCGAAGUUGUGA